AUGUCUGCCCAAUUGGAUAAAGAGUACCCCACGUUCCGCCACUUGUUUGAAGUGCCCACUCUCAAGUCCUUGAACAUUUCCUCAGACACAAAUGAGUCCAUCUAUCUAUGCGGAAACUCUUUGGGACUCAUGCCCAAAUCGACCCGAAAAGCCAUAAACGAUGAAUUGGAUACUUGGGCCCAGCAAGGAGUUGAGGGUCACUUUUCCCACCCUGAACGAACACCCUGGGUUGACAUAGAUUUGCCUUUGCUUCCUCUAAUGGCACCUAUAGUUGGCGCAAAAGAGUCGGAAGUUGCAGUCAUGGGUUCUCUUACCAGUAACUUGAAUGCAAUGUUGAUGUCAUUUUAUAAGCCCAAGGGUAAACGGACGAAAAUCUUGUUUGAAAAACAUGCCUUUCCCUCGGAUUACUAUGCUUUUUUGAAUAUUGUUCAGCUUUUUGGCUACGAUGAAUCGCACUUGAUUCAAGUUGCAGUACAAGACGGUGCCACUUAUUUACGUACAGAAGACAUUAUUUUCGAGAUAGAAAACAACGCAGAAGAACUUGCGUUGGUGUGUUUUCCCGGAAUCCAGUACUAUACUGGUCAGUUUUUCGAUAUAAAAUCCAUCACUAAAGCAGCUCAAGAUCAUGGCAUUUGUGUGGGGUGGGAUUUGGCUCAUGCUGUGGGUAAUGUUCCCUUAAAUCUCCACGACUGGAACGUUGAUUUUGCUGUUUGGUGCUCGUACAAGUACCUCAAUUCAGGACCUGGUGCCAUGGCAGGUAUUUUCGUCCACCAGCGACACACUGAGAACAACUCCAAAACCAGUUAUAAUCCACGUUUGGCAGGUUGGUGGGGGAACAAUGCGCAAGAACGAUUUCAGAUGAAAGAGGAGUUCAAUCCAAUCAACUCGGCGCUUUCUUAUCGCCAGUCGAAUCCCAGUGUUAUCGAUACAGUGGCUGUCAAAGCUUCUUUAAAAGUGUUCCAAGAGGCCAAUGGAAUCCAGUUUCUUCGAGAAAAAAGCAUCAAAAUGACUCAAUUUCUUCAAGACUUGUUGACUCAAUCGCAAUACUACAUUAACCAGAACGAAAAGCCAACCAAACUUGGGUUCCAGAUUCUUACACCAUUGGAUCCAAAUCAAAGAGGAUGUCAAUUAUCGCUUCUUUUCCAUCCUCAUUAUGAUGAAAAAUCCAAAAAUAUUAUGGAACAGGUCAACAAGUACCUCCACAACCGAGGAAUAGUAUGUGAUGAACGACGCCCAGAUGUAAUAAGAGUGGCUCCAACACCGCUCUACAACACAUUUGCAGAAAUUGAAUAUGCCGUAAAACUGCUCAACGAAGCAUUAAACCAGAUAGAGAACUAG